UCGCUCUCUCCCUUCAGUCCUCAUCCCUCCGUCCGCGGUUAUUCAUCGGUGCGUGUGUAGGCAAACAUGGACUUUGUCGUGCUUCUUUUCAUCCUUCUUUUGCGUCUCGGCCCCCAGUGGACAGCUGCUGUCGAGGACAUGAGCUGGACCUACACGGGCCUGGUGGGUCAGUCUCAGUGGUCGGAACAUUUCCCAGAGUGCGGCGGCAGCUCGCAGUCUCCCGUGGACGUUGUGACCACGCAGACCAAAUACGACCCCGGCUUGUCCCCCCUGACCCCGCUGGGCUACAGCCAGCACGGCAACAGACCCUUCAGCCUGUACAACAACGGACACACAGCUGUGAUUGAGCUGCCGGACUGGAUGAGCCUGGGUGGUCUGCCCUGGCUCUUCUCCGCCGUACAAAUGCACCUCCACUGGGGCAGCGGCGGCCCAAUUUACGGCGGCAGUGAACACACCAUCAACGGCCAAAGUGCUGAGGCGGAGCUGCAUGUGGUGCACUACAAUUCUGAACUCUACCCCAACAUGUCCGCCGCCAUGACGCAGAAGGACGGCCUCGCUGUCCUGGGAAUCCUCAUCGUGACAGGCGAAGAGACCAACCCGGCGUUUAACAACAUCAUCAACUACCUGAGCCGCAUCAGACACGCGAACCAGAAAGUCUUCAUACCGGCGUUCGACGUGCAGUCACUGCUCCCCAAAGAUCUGGACCGCUACUAUCGCUAUAACGGCUCCCUGACCACGCCGCCCUGCUUCCAGAGCGUGAUCUGGACGCUGUUCCACGAGAGGGUUCAGAUCUCCAAAGCCCAGUCUGUGGAACCUCUAAUAGGCACAAUAACGUGUGAGGUGACGGCUAUUGUUAUAGGAGUGAUGUGCGGCUGCGUGGGCCUGGCCGUCAUCGUUCGCUUCCUGGUCAAGACCAUACGAUUUUUUACUUUCCUCCGCCAUGAAAGAGCUGCGGUAAACAGCUCCACGUCUAGCUGGGACGUCCUUACGGCAGCACCGAUGCAAAGGAUGAAGGAGCCGGAGAAGGCGAAGGAGAAACCACAAGAGAUGGCUCUCAACUGCACUUCCCAAGUGGAGACGAGAGACGAGCGGCCGUCCCCCCAAAGCCACACCUGUGACACACCUGGUCAGGACACUCUUGAGGACAAAAACAGGACAGGAAAAUCCAAUGUUGUAUAAAAAGAAAGUGCAGACGGGGAAGAGAAGAAUGAGGAUAAAGUCAUGGCCACUUGAAAUCCGCCUUUGCACGCCAAGCACUUCGAAAUGUCACUUAGUGUCUGAGAGAUGCAUGAAUUAUUGGUGUAAAUACUUUGUACAGCUUUGGUUUCCUUCCUAAUUCGCAUGUUUUUCAUCGUUUCCAUCCUGCCUCGCCGCACAAAAGCAACACAGCACUGA